CUCAACCAUGGCUGAGGAUUCUGAGGAGGGGGAAGAUGAGGAGGAGGAGGACGACCUUGCAGCGAGCACACAGCACUCCAUUAGCCCCAACAGCCAGGAGCUUUUUGUGACCCUGAUGGAAUUACCCUCCCAGCCCUCUGAAGCCACUAGCCCAGACAGUGAAGCCAUGGAAGCGACCUCUGCUGCACAUUUUUCAAGCCUCCCUACUCCAUCCCGAAGGCUAUCUCAGAUAAGGUGGAGGAAAAAGAAGAUGCGAGAUGAAAUGUUCUCGGAAAUCAUGGAAGUAACCCGCAAUGAAAGAGCUCAUCUGAAUGAGUGGAAGGACGUGGUAGCGAAGUACAGGAAAGAUGCCAGUGAACGUGAGGACAGGAGGGACCAACGUGAGGACAGGAGGGACCAACGUGAGGAUAGGAGAGACGCUCGAGAUGAGAGGUGGCAGCAGGAAAAUCAGAGGUGUAGGCAGGAAGAUCAGCAGUGGCGGGAUGCAAUGCUGGAGCUGCUGCGUGAUCAAACUGAUAUCCUCCGACGUCUGGUGGAUCUUCAGGAACAGCAGCGGGGUAACAGAGUGCCGCUGCAGCCCCUGUGUAACCACCCUCACCACUCACCAUGUUCCAUAUCUUCCUCACCCAGACGUGUAAGAAUGCGUGGGGGAAGGCUUCGUGCACCCGCCCACUCCACCCCCUUGGACAGUCCAACCUAAAGGUUGUCAUUACAUUGAAAUGUGUUUAAUGGCCUUUUCCUUCCCUCCUAUCCUCCUACCAAACCAC